AUGGCCGCUACCGCAAGACCCAACGUUUCCGAGGACCUCGUCUGGGAGAUUGUUCGCUCCCAGAAUGCUUACUUGGUCAACCGCAAGUCCGGAGGUGGUGUCAGAUUCUCUCGCGACCCUCUUAACUUGACCAACAUUCACAGCCGCAAGUACUCUGGCUUCUCUAACAACAAAGCCCUCGGAAUCCAAGCCGCUGAGAACAAUGGUUUGACCGUCAGCAGCAAAAAGCCCGGCAGCUCCAACCAGCCAGCCAAAAACAUCUCCAACACAUCCGUUUCUGGAACCACCCACACCCGCAAGGUCUACAAAGGUGUUGCCAACCGCACCGCCUUGGGCGGUUAUCGUCCAGACCUCCGCGCCGAGGCCGUCUCCCGUGUCAGUGCCAUCAAACUCUCCCAACGCCCAAAGAAAGAUACGCCAGAGAGGAAGCCAAGAGGUGCAAAGGCCCGCAAGGCUGCUGAAAAGGAGGAAUAA